UGACUUAUGUAAGAGAUUAGGUGGGAGAAGGUGGGGAUGUUUGCAGCGGACUGGCUGGAGUUAGAGGCAGCAUCAUGUGGCUGCUGGCUGAGGGCUGAACGCGCGGGGAGCUGCCACCGACCCACCGGCACACCGCUCCAGCCGAGCCAGCGUCCCUGUGUCCGUCCACCGAGAAGCGGGCUCCAUGUGAAAAAUGCCAACCUUUUCAGUCAUGUAUAAAGGAGCUGUCAUCAUUAGCAGGACACUAAUGGGUCCAUAUGGAGUCGACCGAGCCGUUCAUUCCUUGGAGUUUAUCGACUGUGAAAACGGACUCGGGAUUAAAGUGAUUGGUGGAGUGAAGGAGCUAACUGGAGAGGAGUUUGGAGUUUACGUCAAGAGGAUUUUACCAGGUGGCCUUGCUUCAACUGAUGGUAACCUGAUGCCAGGAGACCAGAUCUUGGAGGUGAACGGGGACAGUCUGGUUGGAGUCACCAGUGAAAGAGCUGUGGACAUCUUACGAGCCGCCUCAGCAACCAAUCACAUGCGCCUUCUGAUCGCCAGAGACGAGGAGGCAAAGAGAGAAUUUGCUGAUCUGCUGGAAAAAUAUGGAUCCAACGGCAGCACGGGAUCAACACGCAACUCUCCCAUCCAGCAAGGAGGUCGCUACCUGGACAGCACAUCAUCCGGUUCCUCGUCUCGAUCCCAGAGUCCGUUGUUGCUAAGCCCUGCAAGCUCUCAGAACAUGUACAACAACGGCGGGCCCAUGAUGCGCUCGCUCAGCCACCCAGGAGAAGGAGUGAUUCAACUCAUAACUGUAGCGCGGUCCAGUAGUUUGGGAAUCACCAUCGGAGGAGGCUCCAACAGGCCCGAUGGGCCUGCAGUCUUUAUCCAAGAGGUGCUGUCUGGAGGAGACUGUCACAGGGAUGGACGCCUGAGGCCUGGAGACCAACUCAUUGCCAUCAACAAGGAGUCCUUGAUAGGUGUGACUCACGAAGAGGCCAGGAGCAUGCUGAACAAGGUCAAAUUCAGCCAAGACGGUUCAGUGGAGAUCGCCUUCAUCCCGAGUAAAGGGCUCUUUCCAAGCAGUACAUCUCUUCACAACGGAGUCCAGAGAGCCACCGGCAACAGCUACAACCCUGCACGUCUGAAGGUCCACAUCAGAUCACCUGAGAUCUGUGCAGAGGAGCCAGCUCCCAUGUCCUCACCCUCCCCGGACAUCUGCCCUCCAGAUAUCAAUGUUUCAGGUUCAACCAGCCAGAGGUCCCCAACAGGGGGGAAACCAAAGAUAACCCUGGACCCCUACAUACGGCUCAAAUCUGAUAAGUUGGAUCUGGCUCUGACUUUCCUCGGUUUGGUUGUCACAGAAGAGAAGAAAAAGAAGCUGAGACAAAGUCUGACUCCAGACCCACAAGGAACGGUAGCAUAUGGAGACUUUGUGGAGGCUACCCGAAGUAUCUUCCAGGAGGAACUGGAGGAAAUGGAUCUGGGUUCGGGUCCCUUCAAUUUUUCCUAUCACGAAGCAGCCAAUUUGAUGGACACGUCGGCCUUCCACUCACCAACAUACGAGUCAGAGUGCAGCUACAGCAGUGAGGAGAUUGAGCAGUUUCAGACGGAAGUGAAGCAACUGCAGACCCAGAUGAAGCAGCUCAAGGUGAUGCUGAAGGACAUGGAGCACAGCAAGAAAACGCUGGAGGAGGAGCUGCAGAAGACAUCGGAGAAAGCCUGUAUGACCGUGGAGGAAAACGCCCGUCUGAAGAGCCGUCUGCAGGCGGCAGAGGCCGAUGUGGUGCAGCGGCAGACCAGCAGUGCCGAGCAGGACUAUGAGGAGGUUAUCCAGCUGUUAGAGGCAGAGAUCAGAGACCUGAAAAACCAGUUGGCCAACAAGAGGCAAGUUCGAGGAGCAGACUCCACCAAGGAGGAGGUGGUGGACCUGAGCAGGAGGCUGACGACCAUCGACUCGCAGCUGAGGAGGUCAGAACUGAGCAGGAAACACCUUGAGAUCUCCAACAAGAAGUUGCUAGGUUUUGCACAGAACGUCCACAAAGUCCUGACAACGCCAAGUCUGUUUGGUGGAGAGGGCGGCAGCAACAGGUCGUCUCCAGCUGCAGACAGCCCCGACACCCCCUCGCCGCUUCCUGACCCCGCCUUCCAGCUGGCUGUGGAGGCGAAAGCGCUGAUGGAGGGAGGGACUGCUGUAGCUGCUGAUGAAGCAUCAGAAGCUACAUCAGAUGCUGAUGGUCAUCACGUCUGAGCAACACAGAACCAGAAAGGACUAGAGGAGGAGGACCCGCUCUGUCACCACAGAGGCUGAACCUACAACGUUCUUCUCCACCAUCAACUACAGAAUGCGACAGCGUUGCUUCACAACUGAAGGAAACAGGAACACAGCGUAAAACAAUCAGCACCCUCUGUUCUCAGUGACUCGUCGCGUUUCUUAGCCGAAGCUCGCACACAGUGUCUUCAACUGACAUUUUCAGCGUCUCUCUGCAGGACACCUUGACUCUGUCAAAUGAUAGUUACCGUUACAGCAGGUGGUGUUAAAGGGCUGCAUGACCGAGUCCACAACACACACAUGCUGCGGUAGACUUUGUUAAUAUUCCUCCCUGACCUCUUUUGUAACCUGACACACACACUGCAUGUGAUGGAAAGCUUGUUUUCACAGACCAGACCAUCCUAAGCUGAACUCUUCUGACUUCUGCAUCAUGAUCGUUCGCCGCCUUCGGCCAUGUUUGCUGCUGCAAACGUUACGAACUGUUGAGCAAAAUGUAGACAAAGCAACCCUUCACCAUCAUAUCAUUUCCUCACACUUUACUGUAAACAGCAAGGACGGUUGUAAAAGAUGUUGGAACUGAGCAGUGAGGGUCAUCCGCAGCUUCAUGCCUCCUGUAUCCAGAGGAGGAGCUUUUCUGUCACCGUAGCAACAGCCGUGUAAGCUUGUGUUUGUUAUUCGCAGCAGACGUCCGUUGUAGGCUUCAUGUGGAACAUUAUUUUAUUUCUGCAGACAGAAACUGUGAUGUGUCCUGUUAACUCAGCCAAAUUGCAUCUUUGGUGUAGCCUCUUGUUCUUUCUGUUAUGUUUUAUAUUAAAGGAAUAUCUGAU